GGCUGCUGGCUGCGCCGCUGCCCCCGGCCCGAGGGAAGGCGCGCGGCUGACAUGAGCCAGGCGGCCGCCGAAGGGAGAGCCGCAGCCUCCGGAGGCCGCCCCUCACCGCCCGCCUAUUCCUCUUCCUCCGCCUUCCCCGCAAUCGACGGCUGGGCGGCGGAGCUGAUUGCGGACGCCGCCGAGGACGGAGAGCCGCGGCGGAAGGCGGCAGCGGAGGAGAGGGAGGCCGGCGGGGCUCGGCCGCUCGCUUACUGUCUGUCCCCUGAGACCGGGAAGGAGAUGAAAGAAGUAGAAGAAUGCAUAGAAGAGAUGUUAAUAAGGCUGGAUGAGUUCUGUGGUAUGACUGAUAUGAUUAGGAGUGAUACAUCCAUUCUCUUGGAAGAGAUGAUUCCACUUAUUAAGGCCAAGGUUUCAGAAAUGAACAAUGUCUACACAAAAGUGGAUAAACUAGAGGCAUUUGUGAAAAUGGCCGGCCAUCAUGUUUCUUUCCUAGAAGAACAAAUUCUCCAAGCAGAGAAGAUCCAUGCUGGAUGUCCUCCUUCUAUUCAAAAGCUGCUUGGGCCACUAGUUUUCCCUUUAUUUAAAAAAACAUGUACUCCAGAUGGACAGCAGAGUUAUAACCUGCCUGAACUUUAUAGAACGGAAGAUUAUUUUCCUAUCAAAUGUAUUGGUAGCAAGUAUCAGAGCCAUUAGUUUUGUAUUUAUGCUUAUUGCCUUAAACUAUAUGGGUAUUCUCUUUCCAUCUUCUUAUUUUACAUUUGUAUUAGGACAAAAUUCAUUAUGGGAAAAAAACUUUGCUAUUUCCAACAUAUUGUGUUCUAAUCUUGAUUUUGGGAGGAUGAAAUAUUUUUAUUUCUUGUAUUAUACUUGAGGUAUGUUUACAUAAAUAAAAAAUCAGGAAACAAGAUUUAAAAUGGAAAGAAAAAAUAUUUGUGAAGGCAUGCUAGAAACGGCUUUGUCGCGUUUUAAUUGUUAAAAUCUGUAGUCUCAGCCACUUCAGAACAAAAAUCCCAUUUCAAAAGUAACCUAAGUAAUUAUGUAGUAUUUGUAUUCAAAAGAAAAAAGCAAAUCCCAUCAAAGUGGCAGAGAUAUUCAAACGUAUUACUGAAUGGUAGGAAAAAAAAGUUCUUAUGUGUAUUUGGUGCAAGCAGGAAAGACUGCACCAUUAAUAUAGUGUGCAGUAUGAAAAUCGGUUUGGUGUACUAGUUAAAGGCAAUUACAUUGUCUAGAAACCAAGAUUUCUAAUCAUGCCUCCCUCACAAACAAAAUCAGACAGAUAAAAUUUGGUCUCUCUCAGACCUUAGGAAGAAAGCAGUGACAAACUAUUUUUGAAAAAUGUUGCCCAGAACACUACACAGACUUGUCCAGGCAGUCACCAGGAAUCAACACUGACUUGAAGACAAAACAAAAUACAAUGAAAAAAAGAGUCAGUUCUAUUUACACUUCUCCUUACGAUGUCUGCAAUUAGAAUAUAUGCAAUUGUUAUGAACAAUUAACUCUCAAAUGGUUUGAUUUUUGGUCAUAAAUAAGCACACAAUUGCUAGUUGUGUUUAAAAAUUAAAAUGUUUCACUGCUUGAAGCUGGACAAACAGGAAUUCUAACGUCAUUGCAGUCUAUUUAAAUCUGCAAGAAUUAUCAGCAAUCUGGUGCUCAGGCAUAUCAAUGAAUAUAUUUGCUGGCAACAAAUAUCCUUUAGAAUAUUUGUGCAUAGAGAGAAAAACUAUAAAUGAAAGGCAGCAGGGCCUGCUAAAGCUAAGAUAGGCAAGCAGUCUAAUUAAUAGCAAGUAACUAUUCAGAAGAGAAGGAAAUCCUUGUUCAAAUCAGAACACAGCGGAUAGAAAAGGAACACAAUUCAAAGAUUAUCUAGAGCUGAACUCAACUCCUGGUUACUACAAGGUGACCUCACUUUGCCCCAUGUAUUUUUAGAAAGAAAAAUAUGGGAGGCUGUAAAAGUAAAGUCUCCUUCAAGCACAUCUUUAAUAUGUAUGGGAAUUUCAUGGAUAAGUUAUGUUGUUUUCCAAGCAACUAUACAUACAUGAUUUGCCAUUACCUUCAGCCAAUACUUUAUUUCAAUUUUCUAAUCUGCGUUAGAAAACUUCUGCAGCUCUGGAAUUCUGCUUACUAAACCUUUUGUCCGUGUGUGUAGGAGAGGGGGUGGCACAUUUGGAUAAGUGUUGCUUUAUAACCCGGGGUGAUAGGAGCAGCUUAACGUGUUUUGUAAUGGGCCAGAUCCAUCAUGACAUAUAUUUGGGUAGAGUAUCCAUAACAUACUUUCAACACGCCAAACAUAAAUAGCAGAUUGCCAACUUCUGGUGAAUUGGAUUUUGUGGUCAUUUGGUACCCAAUUUAUAAUCUCCCAGAAACUGUAAGGUGAAGGUUGCUACUUUACCAUUGAGGUGUAUUUGUUUUUCUGCAAUAAUUCAAAUGUAAAUACAGCAUUAGUGGAAUUUUUAAGUUUUAACAAAUCUUUCUUAAGUAUUUUUUACUGGAAAUUAAUAUAAAUAUUGUCAAGUUUACCCCAGUACAAAUUUAGAAUUUUUUUCCUCUGCUAGAACAAUCCAAUAAAUACAUCCUUGACUCCAGCAGACUGCAUCACAACGCAAUAAAAUGAGGCAUUUAAAUAUAAGCAAAAUGAAAAAGGGAAAACAUGUUUUAAAAACUAGGUGAAUUAAUUAAAAAAAAGAUCAUAAAAUGCUCUACAAUGAACUCUGCUACAGUAGAAACCUUAUUAGGGCAAAAAUACACAUUGACAAUACUGUUAAAACUUACUGAUUUGCUCCAAGUCACCACCCUUCAAUCCUCUACACUGAUUCUGUGUGAAAACUCAAAUAGCAUAUCUGCAAACAAUGGGUAUGAGACACAUUUCAAUCCAUUCACUGAGUUACAAAUCUUAAGGACUGUCAACAUACAAGAAAAAUGACAGUACUUUUAAAUAUGAUUUCAAUAGAAAUGUUAAGCACAUCUUUAAACUGACACUGAAAACAACAGAAAGUUAAAAUGUUUGGAUGUGUUAUGCUGCAUCUGCAAAUGCAUAUACAGUACUGUAAUUUUAAUACAUUUCUAUCUGUUUGGUAGAUAUAAUCAGUAGAUUAUAUAUUAACACUAGCUUGCACAUAGAUAGCUUAUGUUUCAUUUUCUCAAGGCAUAAACUGUAGCAUCUGAAUUUUGUUUUCUUUCAACAAAAGCCAUCACAAUGACUUGGGAAACAGGUAAUUCAGAAUUUGUAAUAAAGCAAAUAUUUACAUUAAGCACAAUACAGCAAUUUAUUUAGAUGCUUAAAUGAAUACAAAGGGGAAAUAAAGAUCACAAAAUUAUCCAUACUACAACAAUGUGUCAUAUAUUAGAUGGUAUAAAUGAAUAACACCAUUAGGUGUUAACUAAAGAUAAAACUAAAUAUCCAAAAAAUGCAGCACUCAUUUCCGUAUGCUGCUUUUAACACAGUACAGUUUUAUACAGAUCUAAAAGGUGUCAAAAUUAGUAGCUGCAAACUUGUUUCUUGCAUGUGAUUUUAGCUUAAAAGAUUUCAGAAAAUGUCUCUGAAAUACAUAGUCUUCAGUUGUAAUGUCAAGGAUAUUCAAGAACAAGAAAAUUCUAUAAUACAAUAAGAGUCCAGAUAUAUUUUAUGUUGCUGGCCUCUUUGAGAUUGUACAAGGUUAUGUGCAAAAACUAAGUCUGUCAAAAGUCAUACUAUAGCAGUUUCAAGCUUUUUGCUAGGUAAACUAGAUACAGCAUUUAUUACACAGCAG